AUGGAUAGGAAAAAUGGGAUAAAAGAUCCGUACCUAGGAUCAGCACAAAAUGUUCUUAAGCAUAUAAAGCUCCAUGUAGCUGCAUUGCAGGGUGAUUUGGAAACAGCUAAGAAGUAUGGAGAUGAUCUUCAACUACCAAUUACACAGAAUGGAGAAACUGCUCUUCAUAUUGCUAUUCUAGCAGGACAAAAGGAGUUUGUGAAAAAACUGGUGGAAUGGUUUGGUAUGCCCAUAUUAGAAAUUCAAGAUGAAAAAGGGAAUGACGCCCUGUCUUAUGCUGCUAGAAUAGGGAGUCUAGAUAUGGUUAAUGUGAUUGUGGAUGUUCGAGAGUCUAUCUAUCCGAGUCUAAAAAGUAAGAAGAAAGCCCUGCUAAAGGCUGCUAGUUUAGGACACACAGAUAUUACCAAACGUCUUUCAAAAUUAAUUGACCUUCAACUUUUGGAGGAUGAGGAGGCGCGUCGGCUAUACGUUUAUUGUGUUGAAAUGGGCCUUUACGGGUUAGCAACAAAAAUGCAUACAAGACACCAAAUAUGUUUAGCUCCAGCCCAGGAAGUUUCAGCAUUGUGUGUGUUAGCUCGCCAACCUUCGGCGUUCUCUGAUGAAAGCCAAAGUUCUGGAUUGUUUAACAGAUUUGCACGUCUAUGUGGAAAGUUCAUAGGCCGUGAAAACUCGAAUCAUUCUGAUCACGCCCUUCAAAUAGUUACAAAGUUUUGGGAAUUAGACGAGGAGGCACAAACCUCAAGUACAAAAGAAAUUGAAAACUCGUUAUUCAUUGCUGCUGAAGUGGGGAACGUUGAUUUCAUAAUCAAACUUAUUGGAUUGAACCCUAACCUACUAUGGACAAUUGAUAAGGAGAAAGGAAGCAUCUUUCAUGUUGCAGUUCAGCAUCGUCAGGAGAAAAUCUUCAGUUUGUUGCUUCAGUUAGGUGGGAUUAAAGAAAUAUUAGCAAAAUUUAUAACUGCAAGCGACAGAAACAGUUUGUUGCAUUUGGUUGCAGAGUUACCACCUGAUCCUGAGAAGCUUAAUACUGUAUGUGGAGCAGCUCUUCAAUUACAUCGGGAGCUCGUAUGGUUCAAGGUAAAAUUAAUUCAUACUGCAUAAUCUAUAUAUAUAGUGUGAAAAAAUAUAUCGAUUGGCUACUUUUGCUAUAUAUAGUAGUUUUAAAUUUUUAGUUCAGA